AUGUUUUGGGGAUUAACACCAGCUCUUAAUUUACUAGAAGAAUAUACAUUAUCCAAAAGAGAUACUCCUGAAGAACUCAAUAUUCUUAUAAUAGGAGGUUCAGAUUGUCGACAUAUCUUACUAACCGAAGCAAAAAAAUUUCUUUAUGCUAAAUGCAAAAUCAAUUUUUACUUAAUAGAUGCUUGCAUGGAACAUGUUGCCAGGCAGUUAUUGUUACUUAAUAUAGCACUACAACCACCAGAAAAUUUAGGAUUGGAACAAAAAACAAAAAUAUUUAUGGAAAUAUAUGGGAAUACAUUGGUUAGACCUUCAACUGCAAAAUAUUUAAAAUCAUUAGCUUCUAAUUUAGUUAAAAUGGUUACAGAUUAUGAUUACUUAAAAAGUUUCAUGAGUUUCAUUAACAUAGACAUAAAGUAUAAAGAGCGUGACUAUCUAGAAAAUUUAUUGAAAUUUUGGUGUGGUCGAGACGAUUAUAAUAUAUGUGAAUGUUGGGAUCGAAGACUACGGAAAAGUCUAGGUAUCAGAUAUGAUUCGAAAAUUGGAGCUUUUGACUGGGACUUACACAUGAGAUUUCAUAGCAUAGGUGGUAAACAGGUUUGUACUCAAGAAUAUAAAAACUUUCGAUUAAAUGGAGUGGCAUUUUCUUGGCUAGAAUCUGAAGUGUCAAAGCCAAAUAGAUCGUUAGUGUGUGCUGUAUUACCUAAAGGUGAAAAAUAUACACAUUAUGGCUAUUUGGGAGAUGUACAGACUGGACCUUAUGUAGCAUUCGGUUUAGACUGUGAAGACAAGUCUUUUCUUGAUUCAUCCAAUGGACAGAAUUCUUACAGAGCCACUGAUAUUACAGAAAGGAAUUUGAAACAAAUUUUCUAUGAAAUACUUGAUAAACAAGAGUACAAACACAACAAAACUUCAGAUUUAAAACUAGGUUCCAUCAUAAUGAAAGAGGAGAAAUUAGUGGUUGAUGUUAAAUCACCAGACUUUGUUCCAAAACCUCCUAAAAAAUGUGUAGAACUGGAAGAUCAGAUAACCUUUUUAACAAUAUCAGCUUUAGACAUGAUGAAGUAUAAAGAGAAAUAUCGAAAUUUGUUCGAUAUUGUAUAUUUUGGAAACACAAGCAUAAAGUAUCUUGACAAAGUUUUAAUGGAGCACAUUAUGAAAAACGACUCAGUGUUGAUUAUUGAGAACCAAUUAUUUGUCUUAAGCAACAGAGACAGAGAUCUAGAAGAAUUUGGAAAAAAUAUAUCUGAAAAGAUUGAAGGUCUGAAUGUUACAAAACAUCAAUUUGAUAUUCUUAAGGAUUCCUAUGCAAAAUUUAUUUUAAAUAAAUAA